GUGAAGAAUAACUGCAGCACUGAACGGUAUGCCAUAUCUCUUUGAUGGUGUGGUCCUUCCGGUUGGAGAAGUCAGUCUGAAGUUUGGCUUUUGGACAGUGGUGUAAAGGAGGCCUCAGUGCACGAGUAGUGGUGUCUGUAUUUACUGACUUCAUAAUCUCAGAGAAUAAUGUAGUAGAGUUGAGCUCACCAUUAGAUGUACUCACAUUGGGGCCCAACAUUACUAGAAAUGAUGCCCUCUUCCUCUCCCUUUGGGUUUGAGAGGGGAGGGAGGAGGAAGAGAUAAAUGAAUCGAUGACUCACAGAGAGCUCAGUAGCUUCUCUUCUCUCUGAUGAUGGAAGAAGUUGAACUCUGCUUUCCACAACUCCUCAACGCCUCCUGCAGGAGGCCGGAGCCUCCUCAGUCUGAAGAUCUGCUCAUUAACAUCCUGCUGUUCUUCAUCUCUGUGCUCACUGCUGCUCUCAACCUGCUCGUCAUCAUCUCCAUCUCCCACUUCAGGCAGAGAUCAACCUCUCAGCUUCACCAUGUUUACUGUUAUAUUAUAAACCAGCAGCUCCACUCCCCCACCAACCUCCUCCUCCUCUCUCUGGCUGUCUCAGACUUCUUUGUGGGCCUCCUGGUGUUGCCGAUUGAAGUCCUCAUGACCGGGACCUGCUGGGUCCUGGGUGACCUCGUGUGUGCUCUGUAUUCCUUCCUACCGAUCACCCUCAUCUGUGCCUCUGUAGGAAGCAUGGUGCUCAUAUCAAUCGACCGCUAUGUGGCGAUUUGUGACCCUCUGCAUUACCCCACCAGAGUCACUGAAACCCUGGUUUAGAAAAGCUGUUAAAACACAUAGUGACUCUUCAGAUCCUGCAGCCUGACUCCUGUGAUGCCAACAUGCUGUAGAGACACACUGUGGUCUGAAUAAAAUUAGAUGUUUUCUUAAAGAGCCUCUUCAGACAUGUAUCAGAGCUUUAAUAUGUAACAUUUCCUCAUUAAGUAGUGUAUAAACUCUGGCUUUAUGUUCUGUAUGUAGUUGUGUACUUACAUUACCCCAAAUGUUUCCAACAACGUUCAAAAUGGAUUUGAACUGAAUGAAGGUUGCAUCUAAAUAUGCUUUGUACUGAUUUUGGUGAAAUCAGAAAUUAGAUAUAAAGAUGUGCCAAAAGAAGCAAAAAAUAGCUUUACUAAAAAAAUCCAAGAUGGCGGAAUAUUUUUACAGCAUCAGUGGGUUUUACCUACAUCAGUAAAAUAAGCAUCAUCUAAG